AUGCUCGAUGAUUUGAAGUUGAUAUCAAUUACUACAGCCAAUCAUUUGUGGACGGCCAACUUGCGCGGUUAUCUAAUGUAUGAGAUUCGUUUAUCCGGAUUAUGUAUGUUAAUUUUACGUAGGAAAAAAGUCGAUGAACUCAAUUUAGCAGAAAAAAUUGUUGAUGCAUUUGGGAAAAAUAAAAGAAUAUUGGAAUUUUUGGUCGAUUAG